AUGGCUUUCUUCACCGUUGUUCUGGCGAUGGUGCUGGCAGUCUCUCUGAGGUGGCCAGAUGUACAGGCACAAGACUGCAAAGAAGUGACACUGUUGGAAGAGGAUUUUGACGACCUAGCCGCAAGGGUGGACAGGCUUAAUAACGAACUGAAGAGCUACAGGAUAGCCUUGACAAAACUUAAGGCAACUGAGAGCAGCAUUACCGAUUUGACAAACAUGGUGAACAGCCUCACUGACCAACUCCAGGAGACUGAAGGCUCGUUUUCAGCUAUCCAACAAAAAUUUGGGACGGUGAAUGCCUCUCUGGUUCACCACCAGGCCGCAGUGUCUGCAUUGGAAUCCCAAUGUACGGAUGAAGUCGAAGGGCUGAAGCGUCGCCAGCAAGGACUUCAAGAAACCCUUCGAGAGUCCAUUGAUCAACUUGACUACGAGCUGUAUGACCAAAAGCAACACUUCAAUGCCACGCUUGAGAGCAAUUUUCUGGAGCAAAGGGAUGCGCAAUACGUCCUUCGUCUGGAGUUUGAGGCGAUGAAGACCGCUAGCGAAGAGCGCGAGGCGGCCGCGGAGGCACAGAAGGAGCAAGUUCUCGCCGAUGCGCAGGCCGUGCUCGAUGAUACCUCCCAAGAGGAUCGCGUGAGAGGUCUGGACGAACUCAUCGCUGAUCUACAGUCACAGAUUGAAGCCCUGGAUCAACAGAUGACAGAACAUCACAACGGAAUGCAGUCCAUCGAGCGAUCUGUUCAGAACAAAACACAAGAAAUCGGCGACUUGGACAACCGCCUUCAGGCUCAGCAGCAAGCGCAAGAUUCUUUAGAAGGCGACGUACAGGUGUUGGAAGGUGACGUUGCAAACCUCGAAGCCGCUACACAGAAUCUGCAAGAGCAAGGCACGGAGAUAAGCGGUCAACUGGAGACUCAGGCCACUCUUCUUGAUGAGCAAGAACAACGGCAGGGAACGAUACAGGUGGCAAUGGACGAACUAGCGGAGACCUUCCGCCAAGGGAACGAAGCUAUGGAUCAACGUCUGACUCAAGCCGAAACGAGGAUAACUGCUUUGGAGGCAAACGGAGAGAGUGUCCGCGAGAGCAUCACUACGAUUGAGUCGGAUGUCCAAUCACUGAGCGGCAGCGUCAAUACCGUAGAGCAACAAGUAGAUGGUCAAGAUGAAGCUUUACAGACACUGCAAGGAAACGUUGACAGUCUAACUGCACAACUCGAGACCGUUAACGACUCUCUCCAGCAGGCAGAACAACAGCAGGAAGGACUGCAACAGUCCUACGAAGGGUUGCAACAAGAGGUUCAACAACAAGAGAACAGAACAGAGGCGCGUAUGCAGACCAUCGAAUCCGGACUAACCGGUCAGGGAAGUUCAGAGGGAGAUGUUUCGGAGGGUUUGGCGUCUUUGCAGACUACAGUGGCAGGACUGCAAACUACCCUAUCGGGGAUGAACGACCAGGGAACUGGUUUCAUCACAGAGGUACAAACCACACAGCAGUCGAUCGCCAACUACGAUCAGCGUAUCCAAAGCGUGGAGGCGGCACUUGAAGACGCAGACCCACAGGCUUUACAACAAGAGAUAUCAGGCUACGUAGCAUCGUCAGCUCAGCGUCUCGGAACGGUUGAAGCGAGUCUUGUCGCCGUGACCACAUCUCUAGCGGCCGUUCAGUCAGAGAUAGAUCAGCUCGAAGAAACCGCCGAUUCUGUGAGUGGUCUAUCCAGUCAGAUCUCCCAGCUCAAUACACAGUCGCAAUCCAACACCCAAACACUGACCGCCGCCGAGGCAAGCAUUCAGCAGCUCCAAAACCAAUACCAAACCCUCUCGGAUCAGUCGGAAGCAUUGGAUGAUGAGGUCACCAGGCUAGAGACGGGAUUACAGGAGGCCAUGACACAGCUGGCAGACGUGGCCACAAACGAGGAACUAACCCAACUCCGCGCGCGACUUACGGAACUGGGUACAUCAGUGGACGGUCUGGAGACAGAAGUAGAAACCAUGGAAACUGGGUCGGAAACCUUCGAAACCGAACUUCGGGACGACGUGGACGAAAUCACCGAGACUGUGGAAGGGCAUGGCACGACGCUGACCCAACUGGAGAGUAACGCGGGAGGCGAUCUGAGCACGACUGUGGCCAGUUUGCGGAGUGACGUCUCCGGGCUCUCUACCACCGCCAGCCAUCUGACCAGCCGGCUCAACAGUGCAGAGGCCUCAAUGGCUAACUGGCAGAACGUCAACUGUGAGAGUGGCAUCAGGGUGCUCUCUCGGCAAGGGUAUGGCACCAGCACGCGUGUGCACAUCGACUUUACACGCACGUAUACACAGGUUCCAUCCGUCGUCCCCUCCAUCACACAUUUCGACACGUGGUCCGGAAACAACAACAGGCUGGAUAUUUACACAGCAAGCGUAACGACCAGAGGGUUCGACUUGAUUAUUUCCUCUUGGGAUAACACUUAUGUGUACGGCGCGUCAGCCCGCUAUUUCGUCUUUGGUCAGACCUAAACAGAUCAUUGCAUACGAAUCUUGAAUGUAAGAAGGUUUGAACUGUAAUUUCCAACACAGAAUGUAAAGCACAUGUCUCUGACACGGAACGCAAAUCUUACACAUCCGAGUCGUUACGUUAUGUAUAACAUGUGAGCAUGACACACGAUAACAAGGAGCAGAAAAUUAAUCAUAAGAUGCAGAAAGUUUAUGUCGUUCCUCGUCACUGAUUGUAAGGUCAUUAUGCAUACAGCAAAGUUUUUCAAAUUGUUGGGAAUUUCAUUUUUAACCUUUUUAGCAAGUUUCAGAUGAACUUUCAGCCAAAAUUAGAUUUUCAAGAAAACUUAACAAGCUUUCGUGAGGAGUGGAUGCUGUGUUUUGAUGUUUGAAAUGCGCAUUUUGUAUACAAUAACACUUAUUGGUAGCGUAUAUUUGCUUGCCUAUGCGUAUGUCUUGAAAAUA